AUGACCUCAGAGCCCGGUAACAUUUCUCACACUGUGAGUGAGUUUAUUCUCCUGGGCUUCUCUUGCCGCUGGGAAAUACAGAUCCUCCUCUUUUCCAUAUUCUUAGUGACUUACAUCCUGACCCUCUUUGGAAACAUGGCCAUCAUGUGUGCAGUGCGCUGGGACCACCGGCUCCACACCCCAAUGUACAUUCUGCUAGCUAACUUCUCCUUCCUGGAGAUCUGCUAUGUCAACUCUGAUGUGCCCAACAUGCUGGCCAACUUCCUCUCCCAGACCAAAACCAUCUCCUUUGCGCGAUGCCUGCUCCAGUUGUACUUCUUCUUCUCAUUGGGCACAACCGAAUGCUUAUUUCUCUCCAUCAUGGCCUAUGACCGGUUCCUGGCCAUCUGCCGCCCCCUGCACUACCCCACCAUCAUGACUAUUAAGUUCUGCAGCAGCCUGGUUAUUUUUUGCUGGGUUUAUGGAUUCCUCUGGUUUCUGAUUCCGGUGAUACUCGUCACACAGCUACCAUUUUGUGGCCUGAAUGUGAUUGAUGACUUUCUGUGUGACCUGGGUCCUCUGCUGGCCCUGGCUUCAAGCUGUGCCCCAAUUCCAGGGACUGUUCUUAUGUGUGGCACCAUGAGCUCCCUCCUCAUAUUUGCCACCUUUUUCUACAUUAUUGGCUCCUAUACCCUGGUGCUGAGGGCCGUAAUCCAAGUCCCCUCUGCUGCUGGCCGGAAGAAGGCCUUCUCCACCUGCUCCUCACACCUGGCCGUUGUGUUUUUAUUCUAUGGUUCUGUGAUGAUGACAUAUGUAAGCCCAGGAACAGGACAAGAAGAGAGCAUGCAGAAGUUCACAACUUUGUUCUACUCAGUUUUGACCCCUUUUUUCAACCCCAUGAUCUACAGCCUUCGUAAUAAAGAAAUGAAGGAUGCCCUGAAGAAAGUUCUAAGAGGUUCCUGA